AUGUAAGAAUCAGUAUCGGCUUAUAUGAAAACAGAACCAGAUUCACUUAGAGAGCAUCCUCCAAGCAAGUUUAAGCAAAACAUGAUCCAAAACAAUCAAAGAAUUCUUAAUGGUAAGAAAGUUACUUACUUGAACAUUAAAAAGUAAAAUCCAUCAAAUCAGAAGGAUGCUUGGAAGCAGAUGUUUGGCAAUUUCCUACAUGAUAUUAAUUUGAAACAAAAAAAGAAACAUUUCUCCCCUGAGGCAAAACAACAUCUUUAGGAUCCAUUAGUAAAUGAAAUUCCUAUUCUACUCCCUUGUACUAAUAAGCAAUUCAAGCUGGAGUUCUAUAAAUAUCUUGAAGGGGAACAAUCAAUUCAAUAAUUAAUGAAGGCCAUCAACUUUCCUCACGUUCAUGCUGUACGUCUAUUUGAUAUAUUCUAAAAUAGAAAUAAGUUGAGGAUUCAAAAAGUCUUCAGAGAAAACUGUCGAUUGUGCAGAAGAUCAAAAAGUUUAAGAAUCAUGGAUCAACUAAAACUACUACUGACUAAACUCCUUUAUUAGAUAUCAAUAGUUCAACCAGAUAACUCAAAGCACAUCAAAUACGUAUGGUUGAUUAAAGGAGAUUUACUGAAGCUGGAAAAUUAUUGGACAUUUUUAAAACCAAAAUAAACAAAAAGAUUCAGGUUUUAAGAGACUUCGUUUAAUAAAGAGUACUUGUAAAUUGUAAUUUUAUAGAUCGAUUUGAGGAAAUCCUUAAAUAAAGAGCAAAGAGAGGAAGAAAUUAGAAAUAUUCAUUUUAUCAAGACAUUUUUUGACAUCACUAACGAUUAUAAUUAACAUAUACAGUAACAGCAAGAUGAACUUAAAGAUGAUGCUUAAUAUUAUAAAAAAUUAGUACCAUGUCAACGUAAACUAAAAUAAUUAUUGGUGAAUUAUGACAAUGUGUAACCAAUCAUCAAACAUCAGGAAAAGCAUUUUGAUAAAUUUGAUUACCCUUCUUUGGGAAUGUUGAAGAAUCAAAUGAACUAAUAUUCCAAAGAUUACUUAAUGGAAUUAGAAUAACAAAAAUAAAUUUAAUUUAAGUUAGCUUUAAAUCAAGUCAGAAAACUUUUGGAAUAACAGAAUAUUAAAUUUUAAUCUGAAUUAAGAAAAUCCAAAAUAAAAAGCAAUUAAAAUUCAAAAUCCUAGUCUCCACUCUUAAUUAAGUAACAAUAAGAUCAAAUAUUCUAAACUAAUUCAAAGAUGUCAGCUGAUUGUGCAUUAGAUGUUGUAGUAGCCAGUCCCAAGCAUCACCGUAAUUAAUAUCAAUCAGUAUGUUAACUGAAGGAUUCCAUAUCUGAUCCGAGAAAAAGAAAGUAAUAUGUAAUUACUAAGAAACCUUUUUAUCUGUUUACCUAGUAGGUAGAGGGUAAUAAAAACUCGAAAAACUCAAAGGGGUUAAUCACAAACUUUGAUGUUAAGUUAUACGAUUAUAUUCACAAUAGAAAUAUCUAUACUUUGAAUAAGCAGGUUAAAGAGAUGACUUAGAAAUUCCAUACCAUGGUUGAAAGCGAACAUGAAUAGCAGUUAAACGAAUAAUUAGAUACACAUUUAAAUCAAUUAAAAAAUCGAAAAUUGAAAUUUCGUUAACACGGAUCUUUGGAGGCAUAGAAAAGGGUGUAAACUGAAAGAUAGGCUGAUGAGAUUUCAGAUGAUUAAUCACUUUAAUCUAUAUAUGAAGUAAACCUUGAUGUUUUAUAUGAUCAAUCAAACCAAUUGACUAAAAAAUUAAGAGAAAAAAAUGAUGCUGGGUUUGCCAAAAGAAUAAAAUAACUUAUUAGAUUGGAAGAAGUGAAUUCGUAAGCAUCAAUCAUUUAUUUCUAGGUAAUGCCUGAAAACAAAUUUGUAGAAGCUGAAUAAAUCUUAGAAUUCUCUAAAUAGUUGAUUAUAGGGUUUUGUGUUCUCUAUUUAUUAUAAAAUUAGUUAGUUGCAUAAUAAAUUUUAAAUUAUAUCAAAUCAAAAAUGACACACAGGGAUAUGGAUGCUCCUCCUUUGAAUGAGGAUGAAUUAAACGAAAUUUACAAUUGGGUUGAUACUAUACCUUUAUCGAGACCUAAAAGACACAUCGGAAGAGAUUUUGCAGAUGGAGUCUUGAUGGCUGAAAUAGUUUAACAUUACAUACCCAGAAUAGUGGAUAUCCAUAAUUAUAGUUUGGCUCAUUCUGUUUAACAAAAAUAAUACAAUUGGAAUACUUUGAAUACAAAAGUCUUUAGGAAGAUGGGCUUCUAAAUUACUUAAAAAGAUAUCGAUGCAGUUAUUGCAGUUGUACCUGAAGCAGUCGAAAGAAUUCUCAAGGUUGUUUAAGUCAAAAUAUCAAUGUUUUUGGACAACAAGGAACAAAAUUAGAUUCAUCAAUAGGAGAAAACCAUUGAAGUUUAGCAAAAUUAAAAUAAGGUUAAUAACAAAUAGGCACCCAAUAACAAAUAAAAUGAGAAAGAUUUGAUUAUUCUAGGAUUAGAAGGAAACAAUUGA